AUGGGCAGACUCGACGGUAAAGUAGCAAUCGUAACCGGCGCAGGCUCAGGCUUCGGCGCCGGCAUCGCGCUCCGCUACGCCCAAGAAGGCGCCAAAGUGCUCGUCUGCGACAUCAACGAGUCCACUGCGCAAGCCACCGCGUCCAAAGACAGCGCCAACCUGGCCGCGCACAAGAUGGACGUCACCAAGCGUGCCGACUGGGAAUCCACCAUGGCCGCCGUCAAGGACAAGUUUGGGCGCUGCGAUAUCCUGAUCAACAACGCGGGGUGGUCGUAUGUGAACAAGCCGACGACGGAGGUCACGGAGGACGAGUUCGAGCGUGUGUUCGAUGUCAAUGUUAAGGGUGUGUAUUUGGGGUGCCAGGCGUGGGUCGACCAGGCCAUUGAGCGGAAGGAGGGAGGUGUGAUCAUCAAUAUUGCGAGUGUGGGUGCGACAAGGCCCAGGCCGGGGCUGGUGUGGUAUAAUGCUAGUAAGGGCGCCGUGUGGAAUGCGACGAAAGGUCUCGCGGCGGAGUACGGACCGCAUCAAAUUCGGGUCAACUCGAUCUGUCCGCUUGUCACGGGAACAGGGCUGUUCUCGGCAUUUACAGGAAUGGAGGACACGCCAGGGAACAGGAAAAAGUUCAUUGGCAACGUACCAAUGGGUCGGAUUGGUGAGGUUGAGGACGUCGUCAAUGCGUGCGUGUUCAUGGCGAGUGACGAAGCGAGAUUCAUUACGGGAACGAACCUGGAGGUCGAUGGUGGGCGAUGCAUCUAG